AUCAAUCAACUUCUCUAAAACAUGGCGUUCUGCGGUGGAAUUGAUACAAAAUUAUGGAGAAAUGGGCCAAUCCCGGGUGCUUUUUACAACUUUCCAGGUGGAAAAACUGAAGUUUAUGAGGAUCCUGCAAAAUAUACCUUGUCACCCAUGGUAACUGGUUCAUCGGUACUGGGAAUGAAGUUCAAUGGUGGUGUUCUAAUAGCUGCUGAUAUGCUGGGAUCCUAUGGCUCUUUAGCAAGAUUCCGAAAUAUAUCUAGACUCACAACAGUAGGAAACAAUACAGCUUUGGGGGCAGCCGGAGACUAUGCAGACUUCCAGUAUCUCAAGGAAAGAUUGGAACAGAAUAUUAUAUAUAAUGAGUGUCUGAAUGAUGGCCACUCAGACACACCAGCCUCCGUAUUCUCCUGGUUAACCCGUGUGAUGUAUUACAGAAGGUCACAGUUCAACCCUCUCUGGAACACUGUGGUUGUUGGUGGUGUUCACAAUGGAGAAUCUUUUCUAGGUUACGUCGAUAAAAUUGGCACAGCAUACGAAAGUGACACAGCAGCGUGUGGAUUUGGGGCUUACAUUGCAUUGCCUAUGAUGAGAGAUGCGUUUGAGAAGAAUCCCAAUAUGUCAGAAGCAGAAGCAAAAGCAGUUUUAGAAAGAUGCUUACGAGUAUUAUUCUACAGAGAUGCAAGAUCAUUUAAUAAGUAUGAGAUUGCAGUUGUAACAGCAGAAGGGGCAAGGAUUGAACAGCCAGCAUCAGCGUCAACAAAUUGGGAAAUAGCUGACAUGGUUGAGGGGUAUGAAUGAUAUCUCUUCAUCUGCAAUGUACUAAUUUUGGAAGUUGAUCUUUAUCUCAAGAAACAAGCCAAGAAUGUGACAAAUUUAGUAAUGGAGAUCAUCACUAUAUAGUUUUGUUUUUGCCUUUUAUGUGCAUCCAUCAAUUUCGCCAAAGUGAUACAAUUAUAGAAUAUUUUUUCACAGCCUAUAUAAAUGUCAACAUUAAGUCAUGUCAUUUUCUAUGAGACAUUUAUUAUAAACGGUUUAAGAUAAAAAUUUUUUUUUUCUGUUAUUCAAUAUUAAAGCAGUAUGUUUGCUGCCUUUAACUUUUGCUUUAUAUGAUGCUCAAAUGUAACUUGUAUUCAGUGCAACCUACUGGCUAAUUAAGUCUCAUUGGAACACCAUGUCCACAAAGCAGAAAUGAAUUUCUUCUGGACACUUAAUGUCUGACACUACAGACAAUAUAUAUUGUAUAAUUACUUUUAAUUGUGUUUAAUAAUAGGUAUUUUAUAAAGGCGACUACCAAUAAUUUAUAAUUUAUUCAACAUUUAUUGCUCAACUUGGAUGU